AUGAUGGCCAAAGUGAAGGCGCAAGGCCUGGUAUCUGAUUUGAUGCCAAACAUCAAAUUGAUGCAGGCUGCUGGUCAUUUUCUCUUUAAUUACCAUACAGAUAAUUCUGGAAUGUCUACACUUCUGAGGAAGAUUUACGCCAGCGUCCAUGCCGUUUUGAUUGUUAUUAACUUUAUUUGUAUGGCUGCAAAUAUGGCUCAGUACUCCGACGAAGUGAAUGAACUGACAGCUAACACGAUUACAGUGCUGUUCUUCGCUCACUCUGUUAUUAAACUUCUCUUUUUCGCAGUUAACUCCAAAAGCUUCUACAGGACCCUUGCUGUCUGGAAUCAGUCCAACAGUCAUCCGUUGUUCACAGAGUCAGAUGCCCGCUACCAUCAGCUAGCUCUCACUAAGAUGAGGAGACUGCUCUACUUAAUUUGUGCUAUUACAGUUGUAUCUGUGAUAAGCUGGGUGACGUUAACUUUCUUUGGCGAGUCAGUUCGGAUGAUAGCUAACAAAGAAACAAAUGAAACUUUGACUGAGCCUGUUCCAAGAUUGCCCCUUAAGGCUUGGUAUCCGUUUGAUGCCAUGAGUGGCAGUAUGUACAUCAUUGCUUUCGCAUACCAGGUAUAUUGGCUUUUAUUCUCAAUGGCAGUCGCUAACCUGAUGGAUGUGAUGUUUUGCUCGUGGUUGAUAUACGCAUGUGAGCAACUGCAACAUCUGAAGGCUAUCAUGAAACCAUUGAUGGAACUCAGCGCGUCACUUGAUACCUAUCGGCCGAAUACUGCGGAGCUGUUCCGCGCUUCGUCUACUGAAAAAUCGGAAAAAGUCCCCGAUCCUGUAGACCUAGAUAUACGUGGGAUAUACUCUACACAACAGGACUUCGGCAUGACGCUACGUGGCGCUGGUGGAAGACUGCAGACCUUCGGUCAACCAAACCCUAAUAAUCCUAACGGACUCACUCAGAAACAGGAGAUGCUGGCUAGAUCAGCCAUCAAGUAUUGGGUUGAGAGGCAUAAACAUGUUGUAAGACUGGUAGCUUCUAUUGGAGAUACAUAUGGUACUGCUCUUCUCUUCCACAUGUUGGUGUCUACCAUCACCUUGACCCUUCUAGCUUAUCAAGCCACCAAGAGUUCAUCUGUUAUGGAAGCUGCAUACUCAUGCCAAUGGUACGACGGUUCAGAAGAAGCGAAAACAUUCGUCCAGAUAGUGUGCCAGCAAUGCCAGAAAGCGAUGAGUAUCUCCGGUGCAAAAUUUUUCACUGUUUCAUUGGAUUUAUUCGCUUCUGUGUUGGGUGCCGUCGUGACGUACUUCAUGGUGUUAGUGCAACUCAAGUAG